AUGUGUGCUGUAUGCUGCGGUGGAUUAUGAGCACUAUUUCAGAGUUCGCGCGCCCCUGGGAUUCAUUCCUACGACCGACUGGCUGCGCGCUUCCGUCCUCAGGGUGGGCUGGUUUUCGUGUCGCGUCUUGCGAAUUUCUUUCUGGAUCUUCUUCGACUGCGCUGAUUGGGGUCGAACGACGGAUAUUUUUGGGGCCGAGUACUUUGCGGGCAUGGUUUUUUAAUUUGGUGAGGUACACAAGAAGACGCGCUGCGAUGUUGAAAGCGAUACAUGAACAUGCGCAGGAUACGAUCUCUGUGUCGAUGGGAGACUGAUUAGUGAUUGUGUCGAGGGUACAGAAUGAGGGGAUUGGAAUUUUCGCUGCGAGGCGGAUGUUGCAGCCGUGCUUAAUUUGGGUCCUUGUAGGAUUGCGAUCUUGAAGGGAAUAGUUGAUUGGGACGUGAACGCUGUGUAGAGGUUACGGGUUGAUUUAGUUCGUUAGGUCGGCGAGUCUGGCAUGUGGCACCCUUCUGGAAAAUUUGCACGAAGUUAGCAGUGCAAUCUUCGUCUGUGCGGUGUAAUGCUGGUAGCUGCGAAAUUCUUCCGUGAUCUAGAAUGCCGACUCUCUUAAUUCUCUGGAGUUGCUGUAUUGGAAGGUUGUCAGGGCUUUCGUUUAGUCGGAUGGACUUUCGGUGUGAGGUGUAAGAUCCAGGAUCUCCUUGCGAGCUCUCUCUCUUUUGUCAAUAGUGUAAUGCCUUGAUGCCCUGGUUGUGAGUGGCUUGGGUCCGUCUGCAGCGACCUGCUCGAUCCCAUCUACGGGCAGUCUCUGUUGCGUCGUGGGUUUCUUGUUUGGCUGUCAGCGAUAGCUUUGAGUGUCUGCUACUACAGCCUUCUCACCCGUUGCUUGCUUCCAUCGAAUUUCUUUUCGAAGAAAGCUGUUACCGUUUCUGCCUCCAUUGCAGCGUAAAUGGUGAUUCACAGUUACUCUUCUUUCUUCCACCCGAUUCUCCUGGUCCUGAAGUUAUCAUCGUGAUACUAUCCUGCUACACCUUUGAUCGUCUACCUCAACUUCAGUGCUCCUACUCUUGAGCAUUCUGAGAGCCUCGGCUUGGACGAGCAGAGACGCCUGCUCGAUCGUUUUCUCAAUUCAUCCCUCCUAACAUCGGCACUGCUGGAAGUGAAGAACCUUUCUCUCAUAUUUUUUGGCACAGGCCUGAGCCUGGCAACCUCGCUGCACCAGGUGAAGUCAUUGCCGAGAAACUUCUGCAGGUUUCCAAAAACCAGAUAUAUUUCCAACUCUUGACUUGAGGUGCCGCAUUUAAAAUGAUGGGAGAUAUGCAUCAUGUGCAUGGUGGGAUCAUGCCUCUUGACGCUCCGUUCUCUGAUGACAGUCGCGUCCACGGUUGCAAUUCUUUUACUCCGGCUUACCAGCAGCUCAUACCAAGUCACUGUGCUCAAACGCCAAUAUCAUGGUCGGCUACAGAUCACGCUCAGCUUUUGAAUGAGCAGAUUGGCGGGGAGCCGCUGAAUUUUUGGCAGGCUGAGAGCUGCCUUCAGCAUAGUUUGCAGUACAGUCAUGCAGGCUACAGCACCUUAGGGCAGAUGGAGAUGCUGUCAUCUCUAAAUGCCGAUCCAUACAAUCCUUCAGUAUCUUACGAGGUUUCUCAAUUAGUUCAAUUGUACUCAACAUUGUAUCAAGAUCAGUAUGGAUACGCUAAUCUAUCCUUCGUGGAUCCAGUUACCCAGCCUAACAUCCUUCAUGGACUCAGUGUCCAAUCUGAAGUUACUUUGCCCACAUCAAGCGACUGCUUGCAAGUAGUGAGUUCCUCAGGGAGCGACAGCUUGUCGACUACAGAGACCUGGAGGUCGGAGACCAGCGGGGGUUGUGCUCCGGCCAAUUAUGAGAACUCGCUCACGAACCUCAAUGAAUCCUCCUCGGUAACCCUGGUUAGAGACUCUCACGACAGCAAUUUCCAGCCCCACAGGCAGCAUCAAGAUGUUCUGAAGCAAGAUCAGGCAGUGACACUCCUCCCUUUUCAAGAACCUUGGAUUUAUAAUCAAUCACGCACUGAUAUCGGCAGGAAUUCGUUGCAAACAUCUGUGGCAUUAUCACAUGACUCUGAGUCUCACGAGAUUAUUUCUGUGGCAUCAUCAUCUGAUAUCCCCAAGUUCAAACGUCCGCGAACAUGGGAUGAGGCUCUUCGACAAGGAUCAGCCCAGAAUGACCUUGCGCGAUACGCUGUUGGUUCAAAAUCGAGUUUGAGGAUUGACUCCUUACAGCCGAGUUCGUUGUCGAGAACAAUCCCAAGUCGGCAUCUCUCGUUUCAGGGGAAGUUAUCGUCGUUUCUUCUCACAGGUGCGAGUGGAUCUUCCUAUUCGCAACGAUCAUGUUUGCAAGAGGAGGGCAGAUCGUAUAACGGUAAGCCUGUAGCAACCUCAGUGGAACCACAGAGCGUUGCCGCAAGGCAUAGGCGGAAGAAAAUUAGUGAGAGGAUAAGGGUAUUAGAGAAGCUUAUUCCGGGAGGCAACAAGAUGGACACGGCCACUAUGCUGGAUGAAGCAAUCGAAUACGUAAAAUUCCUUCAGCUGCAGGUUCAGAUUCUCGAAAGUAAUACCCUUGAAGACAGACCAGCAAUUGUACCAACUGAUCAGAUUCUCUCCCUCCAGGGUAACAUGGUCCAUGGGCUGAAACGAAAGCGCAACACCAAUCUAGAGGGCGAUUCAUCUACAACAUUGUCUUUAAGGGCAGCAGCGAGUCCCCUUAUCCUGUCGGAGGUCCUUCAGCAGCAGCUCUUUAAGCAGAAGCUUUGUCUGGUGUCUAUUAGUCAAUGUCCCCCGUGCACCACUUCGACACCACCACCCAUUGUGGCUCCGAGCAUUCGACGAAAGAAUUAGUGUUAAAAUAUCAACAGGUAGGCUGCUUGUGAAUAUCACAGUAUAAAUAGGUUGAUCCAAUUUUGUAACUCGACCUCAGCGACAGUCAUGGCCAGUUUGGAUAAUGAGGGUUCAGGUCAGUUGUAGUUCUUUGUGAAUCCAUUGUAUAUGGAUAAAACAUAUUUUAAAAACAAUAUUUUGUGUAGACGUUGGAACCGGCUAUCGGAUAUGCGUGUUGGUAACACGUAUGAGGUCCUUUUUGACAUUUGUUGUCUCAAUUCUGAGUUAAUGAGAGAGAAACGAAUCACGUCUGUGAUUUCGAGCAGCUUUUUUCCAA